GGCUGGGUCCAAGGAGUGGCUCAGUGCAGCCACUGAACACGUCAGCCUCUCAGCUGGCCUGGGUUAGUGGGGCCACUGGACUCUAAGCAGCAAGUGCAGCUUAAGGGGUUCUGAGGGGUUCAAGUAGAGCAGGCCCAGGGGUAGGGGAGAGAAGAAAGAGAAAGACUGUUGAAGAGGGAUAGGGAGAAGCAGGGAGACAGACAACACACCUCAGGGGUAGGGUGGCAGACUCAGACUUUGUGGAAAGAAAGUGUUUAACAGAGAAAGAGAACGAGGCAGAGAAGAACCUAAGACAGAGAGCAGAGGAGGGGUGAAACAGAAAUAAGGAGAGGGAGAGGAAGCGGAAGGGCAAAGGGAAGGUGGAGAAAAGGAGACAGAGACACAGAAUGAAGGACCCACGGACAGACAGCGGCAGGUGCAGGUGGCAGAUAAUGCACACUGUGGCAGCCGUGGUCCAAGGCACUGGAGCAGCCCUGAGGACCCCCAUCAGGGCUCCCCUGCUGUUCAUGGGGCUGCUGAUCACAGGUCUGGCCCAGUUGCCAAUCUCUGUCUCAGUCCCUCGAGGCUUCUGGGCCCUACCCGAAAACCUGACGGCUGUGGAGGGGGCCACUGUGGAACUGAAGUGUGGCAUCAGCGUGCCUGGCAGUGCCGUACAGUGGGCCAAGGAUGGCCUGCUAUUAGGCCCCAGCCCAGCGAUCCCAGGCUUCCCGAGAUACCGCAUGGAAGGAGAUACUGCUAGAGGUGAAUUCCACCUGCGCAUUGAAGCAUGUGACCUCAGUGAUGACGCAGAGUAUGAGUGCCAGGCUGGCCGCUCAGAGACAGGCCCUGAACUUGUGUCUCCCAGAGUGAUCCUCUCCAUCCUGGUUCCCCCCAAGGUGCUUCAGCUGACCCCUGAGGCAGGGACCACAGUCACCUGGGUAGCUGGGCAGGAAUAUGAGAUCAGCUGUGUGUCUGGGGAUGCAAAGCCAGCACCUGACAUCGCCUUCCUCCAGAGUGGACGAACAGUAUCCAGCAUAUCUGUCGACGUGAGCGAAGGAUCCCAGGAGAAACUCUUCAUCACAGAGGCCACAGCCAGGGUGACACCUCAGAGCUCGGAUAAUGGGCAGUUACUAAUCUGCGAGGGAUACAGUCCAGCUUUGGUCAGCCCCAUCAAGGCCUCAAUCACCAUGAAUGUUUUGUUUCCCCCAGGACCUCCUGUCAUCGAAUGGCCAGGCCUGAAUGAAGGGCUCGUUAGGGCAGGACAGAACUUGGAGCUGCCAUGCACAGCCCGAGGGGGAAACCCACCAGCCACACUGCAGUGGCUGAAGAAUGGCCAGCCUGUGGCCAUAGCAUGGGGCACAGAGCUCACCCACGCCACAGCCCGCAGUGUACUCACGAUGACUGUGCGGCCAGAAGACCAUGGAGCUCGAAUCAGCUGUGAAGCCUACAACAGUGUAUCUGUAGGGACCCAGGAACGAAGCAUCACACUGCAGGUCACCUUUCCUCCCAGUGCUGUUGUCAUCUUGGGAUCUGUAUCACAGUCUGAGAAUAAGAAUGUGACUCUCUGCUGCCUCACAAAGUCCAGUCGCCCGCCGGUCCUGUUGCGAUGGUGGCUGGGUGGGCGGCAGCUGCAGCCCACGGAGGAGACAGUCAUGGAUGGCCUGCAUGGUGGUCACAUCUCCAUGUCCAAUCUGACCUUGCUGUUGCGUCGAGAAGACAAUGGCCUGACCCUCACCUGCGAAGCCUUCAGUGAGGCCUUCACCAAGGAGACCUUCAAGAAGUCUCUCACCUUGAAUGUGAAACAUCCUGCCCAGAAACUGUGGAUUGAAGGACCCCAAGAGGGUCAACAUUUCCGGACUGGGACCCGGGUGAGGCUGGUGUGUUUGGCCAUUGGGGGCAACCCAGACCCUUCCCUCAUCUGGUACAAGGACUCGCGCACCGUGAUGGAGCCGCGGCAGCCCCAGGAGCCACGGCGGGUGCAGCUGGGAAGUCUGGAGAAGUCGGGGAGCAUCUUCUCCCGCGAGCUGGUGCUGGUCCUAGGCCCGCCGGACAACAAGGCCAAGUUCUCAUGCAAGGCGGGCCAGCUGAGCGCGUCCACGCAGAUCGUGGUGCUGUUUCCCCCAACCAACUUGACGAUCCUGGCCAAUUCGUCAGCGCUGCGUCCGGGGGACGCCUUAAACUUGACUUGCAUCAGCGUGAGCAGCAAUCCGCCAGUCAACCUGUCCUGGGACAAGGAGGGAGAGAGGCUGGAAGACUCGGCCGCACCGCCGCAGAGCGCCCAGUUCAAAGGCUCUGCUGCGUCCAGGAGUGUUUUUCUUCGGGUGUCAUCCCUCGAUCACGGCCAUCGCGUGACCUGCCGAGCCCACAGCCCGGAGCUCCGCGAAACCGUGAGCUCCUUCUACCGCUUCAACGUGCUAUACCCUCCGGAGUUCCUGGGGGAGCAAGUGCUGGUGGUGACCUCGGUGGAGCAGGGCGAGGCACUGCUGCCUGUGUCCGUGUCCGCUAACCCCGCGCCUGAGGCCUUCAACUGGACCUUCCGUGGCUAUCGCCUCAGCCCAGCUGGCGGCCCCCGGCAUCGCAUCCUGUCCGACGGGGCUCUGCAGCUAUGGAAUGUGACCCGCUCCGACGACGGCUUCUAUCAGCUCCACUGCCAGAACGCAGAGGGCACCGCAGAAGCUCUGGUGCGGCUGGACGUGCAUUAUGCUCCCACCAUCCGUGCCCUCCAGGACCCUACUGAAGUGGAUGUUGGGGGUUCUGUGGACAUAGUUUGCACCGCCGAUGCCAAUCCCAUCCUCCCAAACAUGUUCAACUGGGAGAGACUGGGGGAAGAUGAGGAGGACCAGAGCCUGGAUGACAUGGAGACAAUGUCAAAGGGGUCCACAGGGCGUCUGCGGAUUCACCAUGCCAAACUGGCCCAGGCGGGUGCUUACCAGUGCAUUGUGGACAAUGGAGUGGCACCUCCAGCCCGAGGCCUGGUCCGUCUUAUUGUCAGAUUUGCCCCCCAGGUGGAGCAUCCCACUCCUCUAACUAAAGUGGCUGCAGCUGGGGACAGCACCAGUUCUGCCACCCUCCACUGCCGGGCCCGUGGUGUCCCCAACAUUGUCUUCACUUGGACCAAAAAUGGAGUCCCGCUGGAUCGUGAAGAUCCCAGGUACACUGAGCACGUAUACCACCAGGGUGGAGUCCAUAGCAGUCUCCUGACCAUUGCCAAUGUGUCUGCAGCCCAGGAUUAUGCCCUCUUCACAUGCACAGCCACAAACCCGCUUGGCUCGGACCACACCAACAUUCAGCUCGUCAGCAUUAGCCGCCCUGACCCACCACUGGGAUUGAAGGUUGUGAGCCUGACUCCCUACUCAGCGGGACUGGAGUGGAAACAUGGAUUUGAUGGGGGUUUGCCACAGAGGUUCCGCAUCAGGUAUGAGGCCCUGGAGACUCCCGGGUUUCUCUACGUGGAUGUCCUACCACCUCAGGCCACCACCUUCACACUGACUGAACUGCAGCCUUCUACACGAUACAGAGUCUGGCUGCUGGCUAGCAAUGCCUUGGGGGACAGCGGAUUAGCUGCUGAGGGGACCCAGGUCUCCAUCACCACCCCAGGCCUGGACCAGCCUUCUGGAGAACCUGAUGACCAGCUGCCUACAGAGCAGCCUGCAGAACCCCCAGGACUCCCCCUGCUGCCUGUGCUGUUUGCAGUCGGGGGUCUUCUGCUGCUUUCGAAUGCCUCAUGUUUUGGGGGUUUCCUCUGGUGGCGAAGACUGAAGCACCCUGCUCAGGGUAUCUCAGAGAAGACAGAGACAGGGUCGGAGGAGGACCGAGUCAGGAAUGAAUAUGAGGAAAGCCAGUGGACUGGGGACCAGGACACUCGAAGUUCCACGGUUAGCACAACAGAAGUUGAACCAUAUUACCACUCUUUGAGGGACUUCAGCCCCCAGCUGCCCUCCACACUGGAGGAAGUGGAGUAUACCCCAGGCUUCACAGGUCUUGAAGUAGAGGAUGUGGCCUUCCCUGCACACCUGUAUGAUGAGGUGGAGAGAAUGUAUGCCCCACCAGGGGCCUGGGGACCCCUUUAUGAUGAAGUGCGGAUGGGCCCCUAUGACCUCCACUGGCCCAAGGACAAGUAUGAAGGUUCAGGAAGAAUCUAUGACCAGGUGGCAGGAGAUUCAGACUCUCUUCCCUUUGAGCUAAGGGGAGAUCUGGUGUGACAGCCUUCUCAGCAGCCCUUUCCUGCACCUACAGGACAUAAUACUCCAGGGUCUUUUUCAUUCCAUCCUGGCUUAGCCUGUUAAGUGAGCUGCAUGGGACACAAAGGGAUAGAUUUUUUUCCCAGAGAGGCCAUGGGGGAAAUGUGUGUAAGUGACAGAAGUUGGUUCAAGCUGUGGUCAGAGUAUAAGCAACGUUCUUCCUGGGGUUGGCUUUAAUUACUAAACUUCCCCACCAUGACAGGGUGACUUGUAAGUGACGUCUCAACAACAACAACAACAAAACUGAGCCAGGUAUUGUGCACAUACCUAUAGUCCCAAUACUCUUGAAGGCUGAGACAGAAAGAUAGCAAAUUUGAGCACAGCCUGGCAACUUAGUAACUUAGAGAGCUCUAGACCCUGUAUAUAAAAAGGAGGGAGUUGAGGAUAUAGCUCAGUAUAAAGGCCCUGCAUUCAGUCUCCAGUACCACAAUAAAACCAAAACCAAAACUCAGUUCAUUUUGAAUUUGAUUACAUCUGAAAUAGCCAAUUGUUAUGUCCUACAUAUUUCAUUAUUUUUACAGUAUAUAAAACAUGCUUAU